AUGAGAAUAUCAUUUUCUUUUCAAUAUGAGAUUUCACCUUUAAAAUGUUUUAGGGGUGUUAUUGAUGAAGAAAUACCUCAGUGGAUAAACGAAGAAGACGUAUUAAAGUCUUAUAAACAUAUAAUUUUAGCUAAAAAAUGCCUCAGCUAUUUCAAUUUAGGCAGGAAAUCUAGUAUCGAAAUUCUUCAGCUUCAAAUGGUGUACAAAUUCUACCAUAGAUAUUCUCCUGAAAACUCUGUUGGAGCGGACGAGUACUAUUCAGAGCUCACUAGCGUCAAUGAUUCAAUUGGCUAUAUCAUUAGGAGUCAAUAG